CACAGCUUUCUGUCGCACUUCACACUACUGGAACCUUACCGCAUUCGCAUUCACCGAUCCACAAUGGCUGACUCUGAGCUCUCAGCUUCAAAUAACAGGCCCAUUUCGACAACGCCUAUCCCACUCCCAGGUACUCUUGAAAGUCAAAGCAAUGGCGAGCCCACCAUGAAUGGUGACAGUGCUCCCACUGUACAAAGCGGGGACGUCGAGAUGAAAGAUGAGCCCAUGAUCGAGUCUGCGCCCGCACCCGCGCCUACCAUCGAGCCCGAAGCCGAGUCUACAGUGCCUUCGUUACAAGCGCAACCAGCACCAACUCUCCCAGCGAUGACGGUGCCUACACAAGCUGCAACACCGCCUGCUGUGACGCCGACAUAUGCUCGAAAUUCUCCACACCCAGCGCCCCAAGUGAAUAUUCCUGCGCCGCCUGUGAAUCCUAAUCCACAUGGGUCGCCUACGAGGGUAUAUCUAAAUCAACAGGUCACGCCGUAUCUGUUGGAGGCAAUGAAGAUGCUAGUCACGCAUGAACCUGAGAAACCUUUGAAAUACCUAGCGGAUUACCUUGCAGAGAAAAGCCGAGAGCUGGAGGGUGUGUAGUGCAUGAAGCGGCCAGAAAAUGUGGGUGGCGAGUGUAUCAUUUGCAUAGCAUAGCGUAGGCGUUCAUCAUCUCGUGUCAGGCACCCGAAGUGUCACGACGCUCAAAAUAGUCAAGACUUUCACAUGCA